UCAGCCGCGAAGAUGGCGGCCUUGCUGACCUUCUGCCGGCUGCUGGGCCGGCGCGGCGCGAGCGCGCUGAGCCUGCCCCGGGGCUCCCGCGCCUUCGGGGUGCGGACGUCGCCGACCGGGGAGAAGGUCACGCACACGGGCCAGGCUUACGACGACGGAGACUACAGGAGGGUCCGGUUUGUGGGUCGUCAGAAGGAGGUGAAUGAGAACUUCGCCAUUGACUUGAUAGCGGAGCAGCCCGUGAGCGAAGUUGGGAGCCGUGUGAUCGCGUGCGACGGCGGUGGGGGGGCCCUGGGCCACCCCAAGGUGUACAUAAACCUGGACAAGGAGACGAAGACUGGCACGUGCGGCUACUGUGGCCUGCAGUUCCGGCAGCAGCACCACUAGCCCCGCAGCACAGGCCUGCCUGGCCCGCCCGCGCCGUGUCCUCCUCGGAAGCCCGGGGCGUGCUGGGGGCCUGCGGUUCCGGCACCACUAGCGUCCGUAAUAAAGUCCUGACCCCAUCCCCGCCCGUGCU